AUGAACUCCUCCUCCCCCUCUGCCGCCGCCGCGUGCGCCCCCACCGCCGACGCCUCCUUCGGCCCGCUCCUCCGCGACCCCCUGUGCAGCGGUGACAGCAUCGUCGACUUCACCCUCGUCUUCGAGCAGUCCAUCGUCGUCCUCUUCCCCGCCGGAAUCCUGCUCCUCCUCGCGCCUCUGCGACUCUGCGCCUCGCCGUGCUGCUGUGCCGCCCGUCCCGAGUCCGCCCCGGCAGGCUGCGCGCCGCCAAGCUGCAGCAUGCCCCCCCUGGUAAACACCGUAUCCCUCGCCGCCCCGUGCGUCGCCUGUGCCUCUAGCCUCAUGUCCUGUGCCCUCUCGUAUCUCGAGCACGCCCGCUCCCCGUGGCCCUCGUCCCUGCUCGGCGUCUUCCUGCUGCUGUCGCUGCUCCUCGACGCCGCCCUGCUUCGCUCCCUCUGGCUGGCGAGGCUGCCGCGAGGCAUCCGCGUCGUCUUCUCCGCCGCCUUUGCCGUCAAGGGCCGCCCUGGCUACGCUGCCGUCGGCCCCGCCAUUGUCGCCCUCCUCGCCCUGACCGCCAUCUUCUUCGUUUCGACUCGUGCCAAGAAGUCCCGGGUCGGCUGGUUGGCCAAAACGCAGGAACGUGUCCGUAUCACCUCUGCCAUGCUGGGGCACAUCAAGAGCAUCAAGAUGGCCGGGCUGGUCGAGCCUCUUGCACGGAAGCUGUCCGGGCUCCGCGAGUCCGAGGUCGCUGCCUCGCGGAUCCCCGCCACCUUCUCUCCCGUCGUCGCUUUUGCCUUGUACCAGGGCGUUUCCGCAACCACGGGACGCACACUGGACGAGACGCGCAUGUUCACCGCCCUGGCAUACAUCACACUUCUCUCAGAGCCCUGGUUCUGGAUGCUCGAGGCCGUUCUCGACAUGAGUGCGGCCUGCGGUGCUUUCGAGCGCAUUGAAAAGCAUCUCCUGGAGGCCACCAAACAGGACACUCGUCCCGACGCAGGUACUGACGCCAUCAAAGCCAGUCACUCGAGCGCCGCCUGGUCCCAAGACCGCACGGAGCUGAGCGACGUCACAUUCUCCCUCGCCAAGGGUCAGUUUGGCAUGCUUCUCGGGCCAACCGCCUUCGGAAAGAGCACACUCCUUCAGUCCCUACUUGGCGAGGUUCCGCACACCACCGGCACCAUCAAGCUCGGUAGCAACCACGUGUCCUGGUGCGCGCAGAGCCCUUGGAUCCUGAACCGGACCAUCCGAGAAAAUAUCAUCGGAUACGAGGCACACUACGACGCCGACCGCUACGACCGUAUCAUCCGAGCGUGCGCCCUCGGCGAGGACCUCGAGCAGCUACCGCGCGGUGAAAUGACCGUUGUCGGCAGCAAGGGCCUGUCCCUCAGCGGCGGCCAGAAGCAGCGGCUCGCCCUCGCGCGGGUGGUCUACUCCGAGCCCGAAAUUGCAAUAUUUGACGACACCUUCAGCGGUCUAGAUAGCCAAACCGCACGCCACGUGUUCCGCCACGUGUUCGCUGAAGGUGGUCUGCUUCAUGAGAGCGGUGCCGCUAUCCUCCUGGCAACCCAAUCUGCCGCCUUCCUGCCAUCUUCCGAUUUCAUUAUUUCGCUGGUUGAGUCUGGCCGUAUCUCGGAGAUUGGUCGAUAUCAAUAUUCAAGCAAGGCAAAUGGCUACACGCAAAGCCUUGUGCAAUCCAACACCGGCGAGGGGCCUACCACGGGCAGCGGGCAAAAUGACCUGACCCAAGACGAACCCGUCAGAAAGGAAUACAGGGUCAAGGAAACGAAGCAAGCCGAUGAUAAAAGACGGCAGCUUGGUGACCGAACUGUAUACAGCUACUACUUUGGUAGCAUUGGACUCGUCUCUGCCGCCGCGCUUCUUGGGCUCGAAAUUGGCUGGGCUUUUCUUCAGUGCUUCCCGACUUUUGCUCUCUUGAUUUGGUUUGGGUUGGUCAGCAUUGCGGGCAAGGCUGGCGUUACCCUGCACCAGAGACCCCUCACAGCAACACUGCGCGCACCACUCUCUCUAUUUACCUCGACAGAUAUUGGUGUCAUGACCACUAGGUUCUCUCAGGAUAUUGGAAUCCUGGACAACCGGCUGCCACUCGCGUUGGUAGUUUCGCUGGCAAGCCUCUUUUCUGUUGUUGCCAAGGCUAGCUUGCUUGCCACCUCGUACUACAUUACCAUCAGCUUCCCGUCCAUCGCCGUCUUUUACUACUACCUUCAGCGUGGCUAUUUGCGCACAUCACGCCAGCUUCGUUUCCUUGAUCUCGAGGAAAAGGCACCAGCCCACUCGCAGUUCCUUGAGACACUCGCUGGUCUACCCACUAUCCGUGCCUUUGGUUGGGCCAGAGCAGCCUUUUAA